AUGGAAGAAGUAAGCGUUGUGCCUGCCAGUUCUGAGGAAUUAAAGCCAGUUGUUGGUCAGAAGUUCCAAUCAUUAGAUUUUGCACUCGCGUUUUAUGAUGUGUAUGCCCGGGCCGUUGGUUUUGAUACGCGCAAACAAGGGGUGAGGAAGGUGGACGAUGUUACAACGUGGUAUUAUGUCGUAUGCAACAUGGAAGGCCAGAAGAAGUCCAACGAGGAUGACCAAUUGAAUGCACGUUCCGGUUUCUCAAUGAAGCGCCGACGUUUAUCCAAGAGAUGUGGUUGUAAAGCGAGUAUAUCAUUCAAGUAUUUCUCUGAUAAAGGACAUGCAGGUUAUAUAGUACAGGAUUUCAACGAGGUUCAUAACCAUGAUAUGGUUGAGUCAGAGCAUCAGCAGUUUAUGUCUGUUAACCGUCAUUUGGAUGACGUUCAUCAGAAAUUCAUACUAGAUUGUUCAAAAGUGAAUAUUGGCCCCACACUUACAUUUAAGGUGUUGAAAGAAACUCUCGGUGGGUUUGACCUCAUCGGUUGUACGGUUGGUAACAUCAGGAAUGCUUCACGCUACAUCAAAGCAUAUGCACAUGGAUUCGAUGUGCAAAUGGUGUUGGACGACAUGGCUAAAAAGAAGGAAAUGUCCGAGUCGUACACAUAUCAUUACGAGGUUAACGAAAACAACCAGUUGGUUGCUCUGUUUUGGUGUGAUGGCUUGAUGAAGAGGAAUUACCACAUGUUUGGUGACGUUGUAGCCUUUGACUCCACGUAUAACACAAAUAGGUAUUGCAUGAUAUUCACUCCUUUCACGGGAAAGGACAAUCAUGGAAGACCUGUAACCUUUGCGCCUGGCUUGGUAUGCAAUGAGAAAACACGGGCAUUUGGCUGGUUGUUUAGACAUUUCGUUGAAUGCAUGAGAAUAGCACUGAAGAUGAUCGUGACAGGUCAAGACUUGGGAAUGAGAUCAGCCAUUGAAGAGGUUCUGGUUGGCACGCGACACCGAUGGUGUAUGUGGCAUAUAAUGCAUAAGUUGGCUACCAAGGUUCCAAAUAGGUUGCUGAGGGAUGAUGAUUUCAAGAAGGAAUUCAAUGCAUGCGUUUGGUCGGAUCUUCUUGAGCCCGAUGAAUUUGAAGAGGAGUGGAACAGAGUUGUGGCAAGGCAUGGGUUGGGAGACUUUGACUGA